AGAUCUGUAAUUGUCUGUAAUUCUCUAAAGACGGUAUCAGUUAUCGUCGCGCAACUUGUUUACUGUAUAUGUAAUAUCCACGGAAUGAUUCGAUAAGAGUUACAGAAUCCCGCUACUGUUCAUUAUUGUAACUGCAUCACAUCAUAUCGUUACGCUUAUUAAAAUAAUCAGACGCUAGAAAGAAAGAGAAUAUAAAAGAAGAGAGACUAAAUGCAAAGCAAAAAAAAUAUGAAAUUUGAUUACAAGGAACAGACUUGUGUGUAACAGAUGUUACACCUUCUGCACUUAAAGUGAAGUAGAUAUAUAGUAUAUAUAUAAUUAUGCAUGAGAAAGAGAGAGAGAAGAAGAAGAAGGAAAGACGGAAAAUGCAGCUGUGAAGAACGAACUUAUCAGCACAUGCGCAUUCUUCGCUGCUUACUUCAAGCUGCUUCAAGCGGCAGCUAAGAACGAUUAUGUUCGUUAUUUGGAUCAUUGUCACGUCUCUAUUAUGUGGAAGUUGUGUGGCUAUCGAUGGCACGCUUGUAAACGUUAACAAGUACUGCAGAGAGAGAGAUCGAUUAAUCACGUCCGAGGAAAACGAUGAGUAUCUGCUUGUCGGUGUUAAAAAUAAUACAAAUAUUAUGCUAGCCUGUCACUACUGGUAAGGUUGAUCCAAUACACAAAUAUUAGAAUAAAUUAAAAAGAUGCGACAACUUUUCUGCUUGCUCCACUUCCAACACAUUUUUCUUGUCACAUUCCAAAUUUUAUGGUGACUAUAUAAUUUCGUUAAUGAUUAAUUUAUUAAGUAAUAUUUGUAUUAUUUUCUUAAUUAAUUUUUUUUAAAUGAAAUUAUUAAUAUAUUUUAUAACACAUUGUAUAACACAUAGAGGAAAAAAGAUUACAUAAACAAACUAUUAUAAUUAUUAGAUAUUUUGCUUUAAGUGGAAUAGUAUAAACAUUUUGUUUAUACUGUUUCAUUAACAUAUAUCAAUUGAUUUAUAUUUUGUUGCACGAAAUAUAUGGAAAAAGAGGCAAAUUAAGAACAAUGAAUUAUAUCUAGUUUUAACAUAUAGUUUUGCUUUAAGUAAUUCUGCUGAUUGAAUUAAUUAUGUCACCAGUUUAUUUAAUUCGAGUUUAGUUAAAGUAAGAGCUUUUUUUAAUUAUUUUAGUUAUGAUAAUUUCUCCAGUUACAGUAUUCUCCUUAACAAUAAUAUAUUUUUUUAUAAACUAUUGGGAAUUUUUUCACAGAAGCAACGAGCAUGAAGAACAGCCAAAAAUUUGGUACUAUCAAGAUCGAUAUCAAGAAAAACUGGAAAGAGAAGUUGAAUUGGGAAUGGAUAAUAAUAUUUCAUAUAGUAGAGUCUACACAACGCCAAAUCUUUCUCUAGUCAUAAAAAGCUUCACAGUUACCGACACUGGCAUAUAUCGAUGCCAUGGCAAAGAAGGACCAGAAAAAAAUGACAAAUAUAAUUACAGAAUUGAACCAAUUCUUAAAGACAUUGGCGGCGAGUUUGUAGAAAAAGGUCUCGAAAAUGUCGGAUUUAGCAGAUAUUCGUGAGGAAGGAGUGAUCCUUCAGGUAAUAUCUGAAUGGAGUCCUUGGAGUCCUUGUAAAGAAUGCGUAAACAAUCGCGGUAUCAAAACUAGCAGAGGCUACUGUAGAUUAAAACGCAACAUAAAUUCGACGAUGAUAAGAAAAAAUGACUCUACCGUUAUACGCUUUUUCCGAGGAUCCCCGAUGCUUCCUUGCAAAUCUGGUUUGCUUCAAAAUGAAUUUCCUAGUAUCAGCCGUGUCGUGCGAUAUUUGCCAGAAUUUAUUUUAACGAAACCUUGCAAGAAAUGUCCACACGUGAAAAAAAGGAAAAAAGGCAGAAAGUUUCAUUAUGUCAAACGAUAUGUUCUCGCCGAAGGCGCGCAUCUCGCAGUAGCUUGUCCAGAAUCGAGCGCAACAUCACGAGUAGUUUGGAAAAAAGAUACACUCACUUUGCAGAAGGGAAUGGGCCAAUUAUUUCGUAAAAAAGAUAAAGAAGCUCGUGUGAUGGUAGACACUUUCUCAACACUCUAUUUAACAGAUGUGUCUAAAGAAGAACAAGGUAAUUAUACCUGUUACGUGGAUAACAUUAAUAUGAUGCGCUUGAAAAUCAUUGUCGUAUCUAAGACUCGACUUUUGACGGAAGCUUUUGUUCGACAUUUGGGUUACCUAGGAUUUAUAAUUUUCUUAACUUCACUCUGCUAUUGCGGGGGUAUAAUAAUAACUUGUCGACAAAAAGACAAAUUUCAAUCCUUACCGCAAGAUGAUCCUUCAGGAGAAGAAAUUGAUUAAUCCUAAUAAUGAAGAUAUUCAAAUAUUUCAGUCGUUUGCUUUUUGCAACUAACACCGUUAACUGUAUAUUUUUAUCACAUGCGAUUACGUACUUUUAAUGUCAUUAUAUGGACGUAUAUAUUGACGUCCGCUAGUAUUACUCGACCAGUUAUCGGUUGAGAACACUUCGCGGGACUUCAUGGCUUUGCAUUCCCUCGAUCCUUCUUCACGCUGUGACCUUAAAGUCGAGUGAAAGGUGGAACUGGCAGAGAUA